AUGGUUUCACGAAGGCCUCUCUCGACACCAGGCAGAGAACUUACUCAUGGGCAAGGAGGUUGGUUUCUUCAUCAUCCGGGCCAGCCAGAGCUCCCCGGGGGACUUCUCCAUCUCUGUCAGGGUCACCGGGGCAACAGCCUGGACCGGAGGUCCCAGGGAGGCCCACACCUCAGUGGGGCUGUGGGAGAAGAAAUCCGGCCUUCGAUGAUCCGGAAGGUGUCGGAUCACCCCCCGACCCUUCCCCUGCAGCAGCACCAGCCACAGCCUCCGCAGUACGCCCCAGCGCUGCAGCCGCCACAGCAGCGGUAUCUGCAGCACCACCAUUUCCACCAGGAACGCCGAGGAGGCAGCCUUGACAUAAAUGACGGGCACUGUGGUGCUGGCCUGGGCAGUGAAAUGAAUAUGGCCCUCAUGCAUCGGAGACACACAGACCCAGUGCAGCUCCAGGCAGCAGGGCGAGUGCGGUGGGCCCGGGCGCUGUACGACUUUGAGGCCCUGGAGGAUGAUGAGCUGGGAUUCCACAGUGGGGAGGUGGUGGAGGUCCUGGACAGCUCCAACCCAUCCUGGUGGACUGGCCGCCUCCACAACAAACUGGGCCUCUUCCCUGCCAACUACGUGGCACCCAUGACCCGAUGAACUCUUCGGGGGACAGAAGCUUUUUGUCUGACGCUGCCCACAAGAGAGAGGGCAAGUAAAAAAGGCUGGACUCCAUGACUCUAUAUACAUAUCUCUCUCUGCGUCUCUCGGUGUACACACACAACUUUUUAUACUGGUUAUUUAUUGGCAAUUGGGCUGGUAAUUAGUUAAUGCAAAAGGGAACUCAGGUGGAGAAUAAUAUUCACACUUGCUUUUCUGCUCCCCUCAGGGGUAUGUGGAAGGCAGCCGGGGAGUUAGGGGGUGGGGCAGGGAAACGAAAAGGAGCUUUGUCCUGGCCUGAGCUGUGUCACUGCUUCCUCCUUGUCUUGGGAAUUUUCACUGAGAACAGCUAAGCAAAGACCACACCUCGGCACUGGAUGCAGAGCAAUAGGGUGGAGUUGAACUUGGUGGGGCACGUCCUAGCUCACCUGCAAGUCCCGCUUACCUGGAGGGUUUGCAGGCAGCUCUCCUCAUGUCCUCCAAGGGGUGGGCACUGCUGCAUUAGGAAUUAAGGUGCAGCUUUGUGCCGCGGGCAGCAGCAAGUCUGGGCGGGGAUGUGGAAGCAGGGCUGGGUUGGAGAGACCCUGCCUGUGCGAGGCUGGCCUCCUAGUCACCUCCUAGCUGAGACUUUUAUCUCUGUUCAAAUUAAUGUUCCUUGGGCCUUUCAAAUGAAUGUUCAGUGUGAGAAGCCAAGUACUGGGAAGUCAAGAGAUUUUUCUAAGGUCCCCAAGCAACUUACUCAAUGUAACUGUUUCCCCAGCUAUGAAGGAAAUAGCACCCUAGAUUCCGUAAAGUGCUUGGAGAAGCUCUGGCUGAGAAUGCUGCAUUUUAGAGUCAUUGUUUUAUGGUGACAAGGGUGUAUCUUCAGGGCUCUGUUCAUUUUCCGUCGGGAUUUUCUGUUUCGAAGAUGCCCUGCCCAGUGGCAUGGAAAGCAGCUCACUUGAUAAGAGCAUUGACUGUCAACUGAUUGACUAAGCAUGACCCCAGGUGGAAGCUGGCUUUGACAUGAGUUUCCUGCUCGGUCUGAUCAUUGCCGUCCUCCCGCCACCCAAGUGUUGCACUUAGAGCAAGGAGCUCCACCAUGGCUGUCCCUCACCACCACCUCACACUAGAAUCAUGUGUCCCAGGCUCACCCUGGAGGUGCAAAGCACAGGUCAGCCUGGCCGGGGAGGAAAGAGACACUGGAGAGGAAGCUCAGGGCCUUAGGGGAGGCCAGGCACAAACAGUCUGCACCGGGGCAUCCAGAGUUUGUGAGUGUGGGCGAGCACCCCUGCGUGUGUGCACAUGUAUGCUUGCAUGCACAUGUGUGUGCACCCCUGUGUGUAUACAUGUGCUUUUCUAUGCAUAUGUGUCCACCCCUGUGUGUGUACACAUGUGUGCUUGUGUGUGCAUAUGUGCGCAUGCGUGCACGUGUGCUUAUAGGUGCGUGCACUUGUGUGCAUGCGUGUGUGUGUGCUGAGACAGGAAAGAGGAGUGAAAGCAUUGGUGAAGGAACAUGGAAGUUUUCUCUUCCCCAGCCUCUCCUGCUCUAAGGAGGGACGGGGUGGGGGGCAGCCAUUAUUGAAGGUGAUAGAAGAAAGAUUUUCUGACUCGGAAGUAACUGCCAGUGUAGCACAAGCAGUGUCCCUUGUGACUGAUUCUACAAUUCUCUGAUCCCCAUGCUUCCUCCUUUAGAGGAAAGAGGAAAAAAGGGACUCUGUGGUGGGUAUCAGGAGGCAAAAGAAAAUAGCCUGGUGGAGGCAGGGGGGGUUGAGCAUGAGUAAGGAGCGCCUGCAGCUUAUGGAAGUGAAGGCAGAGAGGGAAAGGUAGCGAAGACAUCCCGGAGGAUCCAGGGGCAGCAAGAGAGGCACGGGGGGGAAGGGGGAGAGCGAGUGGGCCCAGGGAGGACAGCGGUGUGCAGCUGGUGGGCAGACGUGCAGGAGGAGGGGUGAUAAGCUGGGAAAGGAAGAAUCAGAGCGGAGAAACCACUGCUGCAGAAGGCAGGGAGCAAAGAAGCAUAAGAAAAAGAACAGGAGAAAGAACAAAGGCAGAGAAGCCCUCAUCAGCUAUUUUGGUGCUAAGUAAUGUGAAAUGCUACAGUAAAUAAAAGUCAAUAGUAAUGUUUGAUUUUACAGUGUUUACAAACCGUAUGUUUUAAACAGCCCACAAACUUCAUCCAGUUGUCUGAUGAUGUGGGAGGACCAGCUCUAGUUAGACAGAGGUACGUGAUUUGAUUCUGAUCAAGGUUUGUGCCUUGAAAGACUUCUCAAGAACACAGUAAUGAAACAAAGUGUCUUUGUUUGGCCAGGCUGUGUCUGGUGUCCGUGCCACAUACUCCUCAGGUAGAGAGUGAGAGCGAGACCGAGGGGUGCCAGGGGUCAUCGGCCUGCAGGAGCUGACCCCAUAGGCAGGCAGUGUGAGCAGAGCUUUUAGAACUCUGGAACUCGGUGUUCUGUUCUAGCAAAAGCCACUGCAGAAUAUUUUUUUACUGAGAUGCCAAAUCGUCCUUGCCCUGUUCAUCAGCACGCCUCCAUUCAGAAGGAAGCAGGAAAGUCAUCCAAACCACCCACAAGCAAUGAGGGCUCUUAGCAGCCAGGUGAAGAGGACAAGAACCAAACUGUCCACAUUACGGAGGGAAGGGGAAGGAGCGCUCGAGCCCCCUCAGCCUCUGGUGCUGCCAGGGGAACACCUCCUGUGUGUCUCCAGGGGUCCUAGUUUCUACCUGACAGCAUUUCAGUGCCAGGGGAGGGUCCACGCAGAGCCUCUCACCAGCCACACAACCGGCAGCCAACACACUGUCUCCGAGCUUGGCUGCAAUGCUCUACGUGACUUGGGAGCUUGGGGCUUCCAGAGAAAAGCCAGCUCCUGUUGGACCAGUUGGGUUUUCCUAACCACUUGCUGUGUCUCACUAUAUUUCAAAUACCUGGCACCUGCCGCUGCCCACCCACUUUUAGAUGGCCCUAGGGUGACCUAACCACGGUGCUUCUCAAAAUGUCAAGUACUUACAAAUUGCCUGGGGAUUGUGUUCAAAUGCAGCUUCCUUCUCGGUCCUGAAUUACUAACAAGCUACUGGGUGCUGGGUGCACAUGUUAAGUAGCAAAGGCAAAGAACUCCGCAGUGAGCAAAACUCUAAUUGGGCUCUUUUUCUGAGGAUAUUCGGCCAUUUUUCUUUGCUGCUCACGAAUAGGUCGCUUUGGCUUUGGGACAGAUGCAAUUCAGAACUGUUGUUAUGACAUCAUUCAUAUUUGGCAGCACAGGUGACUUAUUUUAGCAUCUUUAAAUUAAAAAAAAAAACAGUAACGUGAGAGGAAUUCAGAUGAAAUGCAAACAGGAAUUUCCUACGAUAAUUACUAUUUCCUCAUCGUAAUUAUUUUAAACAUGAGCAAGAAAAUUGUGAAAGCUUUGUCAGGAAAUCUUUAGACAGAAAACUGACUCUGGUCAGAUGUGGCCCUGGUUGAGGCAGGGGACUGUGGUCCCAGCUAACCUAAAACACAAUGGCCCACUCUAGGGACAGAUUAGCAAGGCCAAAAUAUUUGCUGUUUGCCUUGUCGAAGCCAAUGUUUCAGGCCGUCUAUACCAAGGCAAAGGUGUGAGAAAAACCUUUAUUGUCUCAAUUCUUUUUUUUUUUUUUUUUUU